AUGUCCGGAAAGGGAGCCAAGGGCCUGGCGGGCAAGGGUGCCAAGGGCACCAUGCACGGGGCCGAUAAGAAGAGCCUUCAGGAUAAGAAGAAGCCCACGUCCCGCUCGGCGAGGGCCGGGCUGCAGUUCCCCGUGGGCCGUGUGCACCGUCUGCUCAAGACCCGUGUGACUGCCAACGGGCGUGUGGGAGCCACGGCUGCUGUGUACACCGCGGCGAUCCUGGAGUACCUCACCGCGGAGGUGAAGCGCAUCACGCCCCGCCAUUUGCAGCUCGCCAUCCGUGGUGAUGAGGAGCUGGACACCCUCAUCAAGGCCACCAUCGCGGGCGGCGGUGUGAUCCCCCACAUCCACAAGUCCCUCAUCAACAAGCAGGUCGGCAAGAAGGACGUGUAA